AUGGAGCACGCCGUCCGACUCGACGGAGAACGAUUGCUAGGUGUGCUUGAGUCGACAGUCCGGAAUCUGGAGCUGCUCGCGACACUUCCAGAUACCGUACCUAUAGACGGUGACUUUCAACCCGCGGUUCGAGAGGCUUUGCGUCGUCAGUCGGUUAUCGAGGCUGGACUACUGCAUUUCAUAGAGCAGCAAAAUGAUCAAAAGGACGACAGACCGGAGACCGAGGAAGAUGGCGACGCCAGCGCUGACGAGGACGAAUUACAGCACCACACUGAGGUGACUUCGCUGCUCUCCAGGCCUGUUGCCACUCGCCUGUUCCCUAAGACUUUGCAUCAGCUACUGCACGGGCUGAAGGAGGAUCGAUCCGCGCGGGAUACGCUACGGAAACUCAGCGCAACUAGCGUGUCACCAGCGAUAUCACGACUUACGGAGGCCUGGAUGCAGCUGAUUAUCAACACGGAAUCGGCGCUGUCUACAAGCUUUGAGCAGGACGAGCGCUUUGCAUUGAAUCUUCGUGACAGUAUGUUGAGGUUACGGGAGGCUGAAGAUGACCGGGACCAAGUGGCUUUUGAGCUUGCGCAAGCCCGCGAAGCUCGCACUGCCAUGUCAGACAAGUUCACAGCUCAGCGUACUCGACUUGAGGCUCAGCUUCGUGACACGAAGCGCGCUGCUGACGAUAUUCUUGAGCCUACUGCACGCGAUCGAGAAGAGCAUCUGCAAGCAGCGUUGUCCAGUUUCGAAACGCAGAACGCAAGCGCGCAGAAGCAAGUCGAAACGAUCCAACGUACCAUAGCUCGAGUGACGCAGACCAGCCAACAAGUGGAGACUGACGAACGCAAGCACACGCAGCAUGCUUCGACUGAGUUGCGUGAGCUCAUACGACGCUAUGAUGACGACAUGGAAAAGCUGGAUGCCGAGAUCGAAGAGGAACGAGCUGAGGUGGAUCGCCUUGACAGUGCGAAUGCCAAGUUCGCGAUGCACUUUGCUCGCAUCGACCAGGAUCGCCGUAACAUGAUCGAAGAACAGCGCGCAAUCGAUCUCGCAGAGAAACUUCGUCGCAACCGUGAAGCCAAUCUGUUCGGCUUCGUUCUCAGAAUGCAAGCUGUGGUGAGAGGAUUCCUGGCACGGAAGCGCUUGCGACUGGAAGCACAACGCAAAAAGAACAGAUCGAGGAAAGGUAAGAAAGGGGUAAAAGGGAAGAAACGAGAGAGCAAGAGUCCUAGGCGAAAGAAAACCGUCAAGAAGUCCAAUGCCAAGACUCGCACUAGGAAAGCCUGA